AUGAAGAUGAAACAAGAGAAAUAUAGAAAUACAAAUAUAGAACAAGUUUCUGUGUGUAUUCGCAUAGUAGACAAACAUUUAAAUAUAGCAGAACAUUUUUUAGAAUUUUUCGUAACUCCUUUUACUGACGCUGAAACAUUAUUGAAUUUGGUAAUGAACACUUUAAAUAGAUUUGACAUAAAUAUAUCUAAAUGCCGCGGACAAUGUUAUGAUGGAGCAGCUAAUGUUAGUGGACAUAUUAGUGGUUUACAAAAACAAAUAAUCGAUAUCGAAUCUAGAGCAACUUUUGUUUAUUGUACAGCCCAUACAUUAAGUCUUGUAGUGCAAAAUGCAAUGCAGAAUAUUGAUAAAAUUCGAGACUUUUUAUCUACUUUACGUUCAUUGAUAGCAUUCGUAAAAGAUUCACCAAAAAGACAGGCCAUAUUUAACUCUUUUCAAGCUGAACAAAUGUUCAAGAUACUCAAAAGAGCGAGUAUAGAAUACACUGAAAGGAGACUACUCUUUAAACUAUACCAGAAGGAAACAGCUGUUAUACGAUUUGGUGAAACUGAGGAAGAAGCACGUAUAAGAAAAGGAGUAAUGCAGGGUUGUAAUCUCUCACCUAGCAUAUUCAAUGCAUACAUCCAAGAGGCAAUUAACAUAAGAGAGAAAAUACAAUUGGGUAUAAAGAUAAAUGACAGGAAAAUUGAUAUGCUACGGUUUGCAGAUGAUAUAGCAGUCAUAGCAAAAAAUGAAGAAGAAUUACAAAGGAUGCUGAGAUGUAUGGAAGAAACUCUGCUCAAUGAAUUGAGCAUGAAAAUAAAUGCGCAAAAGACCAAAGUUCUCGUAUGCAGCAGGAACAAUAAUAUUACGACAAGAAUACACCUGCAAAAUAACCAAGAAAUUAAGCAAGUAGAAGAGUUCGCAUAUUUGGGAAGCAUAAUAAGUAAAGAUGGUAGAAGUAAAAAAGAAAUAGUUAAGCGAAUAUGCCAAGCUAAGUUAGCAUUUAACAAAAAAAGAGGGCUAUUUACUUCAAAAAGUACUAGCGUACGCACCAGAAUAAAUCUUCUGAUGACAAACGUAUGGAGUAUAAUGCUGUAUGGCAGCGAAACGUGGACGAUUGCCAAAGCAGAGCGGAGAAGGAUAAAAGCUUUCGAGAUGCGGUGUUUUAGAAGAAUGCUUAAAAUAAGUUGGACGGACAUGGUAUCAAACGAGGAAGUAUUAGAAAGAAUGUCCGCGAGAAGAACUUUAUGGAGUAGUAUCAAGAAAAGGAGAAAUGAAUGGAUAGGACAUGUAUUAAGACAUGGUGGAUUGCUAGGAUCAAUCAUAGAAGGCUGCGAGGAAGGAAAAAAUGCUAGGGGAAUACCACGAAUGAAAUAUAUGCAACAAAUAAUAGAGGACCAAGGGUGUACUUCUUAUAAAGAGACAAAGAGGAAGGCAAGUAACAGGGAAGAGUGGAGAAUUGCUACAAACCAAUCUCAGGAUUGA